UCCACACACACACACGCACGCUCGGCGCACACACACUCCACUCUUUCUCUCCCGCGCGCUCACACCCCUCUCGCCUUUGCGCCCUCGCCGGUGCGAGCGCCGCGCCGCAGCCGGACGCCCCUCCGGGCUCACUUUGAGACGCUGACAGCGCGGACAGUGGCCGUGGAGGUGGGAAGAGCGGCGGCAGCCUCACCGCCCACCCCUCCCCGGGUCGCGACCGGAGCCCGGACGCCGGCGGAGCCUCUCGGCGGCGCUCUCCCAUGAGUCGCGAUCGCAGCAUCUCCCCGCCAGUCGCUCACCGCUCCGGGGAGCCGCUGGGCUUGGACACCGUAACCCUUCCGGGACAGCAGCUGUGACUGGACCCCCCUGGCCUCCCAGUGCAGAUUUCGAGGCAGCUCUCUAGAAACUCGCUCUAAAGACGGAACCGCCACAGCACUCAAAACCCACUGCGGGAGAGCGCAGCCCGGCAAGCCCGGGCCCUGAGCCUGGACCCUCUGCGGAGCCUGGCAGCACCAAUUCGCCUGGCGGGACGUCUCCUCCUCCUACACUCUCAGCCUCUGCUGGAGAGACCCCCAGCCCCACCAUUCAGCGCACAAGAUAUCCUCCAGGCCCUCCUCACCUUUUUUCAAGCCAAGAUUGCAUCCCAUACCCGUAUGACUCAGUCAGAUUUGGAAAUAUAUGCCCUGCGUGCAAGCCCAGUAUAGCCCUUCGCCUCCAGGCUACAGUUAUGCAGUGCAGACCUAUGGCUCGGAAUACACGGAAAUCAUGAACCCUGACUACGACAAGCUGACCAUGAACCUCAGCAGCACCGAGAUCACCGCCACAGCCACGACAUCCUUGCCCAGCUUCAGUACUUUCAUGGAGGGAAGCAGCUAUGAACUUAAGCCCUCAUGCCUGUACCAAAUGCAACCGUCGGGGCCACGGUCUUUGAUCAAGGUGGAGGAGGGCCGCGGGCACGGGUACCACCAUCACCAUCACCAUCACCACCACCACCACCAUCACCACCAGCAACAGCAGCCCCAGCCCCAGCAGCAGCAGCCAUCCAUCCCUCCUGCCUCUGGGCCAGAGGACGAAGUACUGCCCAGCACCUCCAUGUACUUCAAGCAGUCCCCGCCGUCCACUCCCACCACGCCGGGCUUCCCCCCACAGGGGGGCCCGCUGUGGGACGACACGCUGCCCUCUGCGCCUGGCUGCAUUGCCCCUGGGCCGCUGCUGGACCCGCAGAUGAAGGCGGUGCCCUCGGUGGCCGGGGCGCGCUUCCCGCUCUUCCAUCCGCAGGCGCACAGCCCGGCCGGCGGCCACCACCUGGGUUACGACCCGACGGCUGCUGCCGCGCUGAGCCUGCCGCUGGGAGCCGCCGCCGCCGCCGCCGCCGCCGCGGGCAGCCAGGCGGCUGCGCUCGAGGGUCACCCGUAUGGGCUGCCGCUGGUCAAGAGGCCGGCCUUCCCCCCGCUGGGCCUCACGACUUCCCCUACGGCGUCCAGCCUGCUGGGAGAGAGCCCCAGUUUGCCAUCGCCGCCCAACAGGAGCUCGUCGUCGGGGGAGGGCACGUGCGCAGUGUGCGGGGACAACGCUGCCUGCCAGCACUACGGGGUGCGCACCUGCGAGGGCUGCAAGGGCUUCUUCAAGAGAACGGUGCAGAAAAAUGCAAAAUAUGUUUGCCUGGCAAAUAAAAACUGCCCAGUAGACAAGAGACGUCGAAACCGAUGUCAGUAUUGUCGAUUUCAGAAGUGUCUCAGUGUCGGGAUGGUUAAAGAAGUUGUUCGUACAGAUAGUCUGAAAGGGAGAAGAGGUCGGCUGCCUUCCAAACCAAAGAGCCCCCUGCAGCAGGAACCUUCUCAGCCCUCUCCACCUUCUCCUCCUAUCUGUAUGAUGAAUGCCCUCGUGCGAGCUUUAACAGAUUCGACACCCAGAGACCUUGAUUAUUCCAGAUACUGUCCCACUGACCAGGCCGCUGCAGGCACGGAUGCUGAACAUGUGCAACAAUUCUACAGCCUGCUGACGGCCUCCAUUGAUGUAUCCAGAAGCUGGGCAGAGAAGAUUCCAGGAUUUACUGAUCUCCCCAAGGAAGAUCAGACAUUACUUAUAGAAUCAGCCUUUUUGGAGCUGUUUGUUCUUAGACUUUCCAUCAGGUCAAACACUGCUGAAGAUAAGUUUGUGUUCUGCAAUGGACUUGUCCUACAUCGACUUCAGUGCCUUCGUGGAUUUGGGGAGUGGCUCGACUCCAUUAAAGACUUUUCCUUAAAUUUGCAGAGCCUGAACCUUGAUAUCCAAGCCUUAGCCUGCCUGUCUGCAUUGAGCAUGAUCACAGAACGACAUGGGUUAAAAGAACCAAAGAGAGUGAAGGAGCUAUGCAACAAGAUCACAAGCAGCUUAGAAGACCACCAGAGUAAAGGACAGGCUCUGGAGCCCACCAAGCCCAAGGUUCUGCGUGUGCUGGAAGAAUUGAGGAAGAUCUGCACCCAGGGCCUCCAGCGCAUCUUCUACCUGAAGCUGGAGGAUCUGGUGUCCCCACCUUCAGUCAUUGACAAGCUCUUCCUGGAUACCCUACCUUUCUAAGUGGGAGCCACUUCUUUGCAGGCACCUGGGUUAAGCAGUCAAGGGAUGGGUCUGGACACCAACUACUUUCUAUCCUUUGUUCAGAGGAAACGCAGCUCUUGUAGAAAGCAAAGACUUUUUUUUUGUUUUGGUCCUUUCUGGCACCUUUCCUUUACAACCUAAAGCCAGAAAACUUGCAGAGUAUCGUGUUGGGGUUGUGUUUUAUAUUUAGGCUUUGGGAGGGUGGGAUAGUAAGGGGGUAUAAUUCAUGGAGGUUUUCUAAGAAAUUGCUAACAAAGCACUUUUGGACUAUGCUAUCCCAGCAAGGAAAAAAGAAAAAGAUAACAUAAGUGUUAAAAAAAAAAAAACUUUCUGGGGAAUACGAUUAUGGUUGCUUUGUAUUUAAAAACAAGAACAACCAAGAAUUGUUCGCCAGGGUAGGCUGUGUCUUAAGAUUGAUCCCUUACGAAUACAUACAUUUCUGUAUCAAGGGUACUACAUAUGUGGUGCAGACAAGGCAGAAAUUUCCUUUUCUUAAUUUCAUUCUUCCUUGAUUUUAUUUUAACAAAUGGUGAAAGAUGGAAGAUUACCUACAAAUCAGACAUAGCAAAACAAUAAUGGCUGUUCGCUUCCAUAUACAAGUGCAAUUUUUUAAAGUGCUGUCUUACUAAGUCUUGUUUAUGAACUCUCCUUUAUUUUAUACGGGGGAAAAAAAGGAAGACAUGCAAAUGACAUGCUGAUUUUCCUAGCAAAGGCUUGGUCUACCUGCCCUGUAGAAGUCUUCAUAGGUAUGGCCCAUCUAAUAAGACUUGAAGGCCAUUCUCAAUAGAAUUAGAUCCCUGCUGUCUCUUUAGCUGUUCUGAAUUGAGGAAUCAAGAUUGUAAAGUGAAUAACAUACAGUGUCUUUGGUUGAGUCCUAUUAACCUGGACAGCAUUCUCUUGCUUUGGUCAUAGCAAUUUACUGAUGUAUUUAUUUAGAAGUCCAAGGUAUGUUUGGUGAAUCAGCCAAUUACUUGAUCUUCAGCUGAGAAAAACAUGCAAGUAAGUAGGAACUGGAUCAUACAGGGUAAGCACCAGGAAGAUGAAAGGAUUUAUAUAUAUAUAUAAUUUAAUUUUUGUUAUUGAUGAUUUUGGAGAGCAAGCAAGUCUUCUUUAAAAAAUAGUAUUAAUGUGAGUACUAGACAAGAUUAGUAGGCUACGUUUCAACAUUCCGUGUUCGUACACACUUUUGUAUGUUUAUACUGUUAAUUGCCAUAUUACUAUGAGAUAAUUUGUUGCAUAGUGUCCUUAUUUGUAAAAACAUUUGUAUGCACGUUAUAUUGUGAUAGCUUUGCCUGUAUUUAUUGCAAGACCACCAGCUCCUGGAAGCUGAGUUACAGAAUAAUCAGAUGGAGUAUUCACAGUGACUUGGAUACACACCAGUUAGAGAUUAAGCAAAAAAAAACAAACAAACCCUAUAUAUAUAUAUAUAUAUAUAGCAGGUUACAUAUAUAUUUAUAAUUGUGUCUUUUUAUUAACCAUUUGUACAAUAAAUGUCACUUCCUGUGCUGUUAUUUUAUGGUUCAUUUGCAGUGACUUUUAAGGCAGUACUGUUUAGCACUUUGAUAUUAAAACUUUUGCUUACGUUUUGCUAAAUUCAAAUAAUGUUUGAAGAUUUUUAGGUCUAAAAGUCUUUAUAUUAUAUACUCUGUAUCAAGUCAAAAUAUCUUUGGCCAUUUUGCUAAGACACAAACUUUGAAUGUCAAACUGAUGUCACAGUAGUUUUUGUUAGCUUUAAAUCAGUUUUGCUUUAGUCUUUUUAAAGGAAAAAAAUAACAAGACUAUGCUGUUUAUAUCGUCAUUAAAUUAUACAGUCAAACAGAUGCCAAAUGAAUUGCCUGAUUGCUGCAAAGUAUAACCCAGAUAACAAAUCAUAUCCUUUUUUUUCAAGAGUCAUUCUGAUAGUUGAUCAUGUAUUAUGUUUGUGUGAGCACUUUUGCAAGAUUAUUAUUUUUAUAUCAAGAUGAUAGGGUCUGGAAUGUUAGCAUGUUGAAGCAUUAGACUUGGAAGGGCCUGGCUUGUCAACCAGUUCAACUUCUUGAAAUUCACAGAGGAGAAAACGAGGGCCUAUUGAAGGGUAGACUUACUCAAGGUCAAACAGUAAUAAUGUCAGGACUAAGACUUAAUGUACCUUUCCAUCCUCCUUUUCCCUUGCUGUAUCAAUAGGCAUUUAAACAUAACCACUAAUAUUAACAUUGUACCUGAAGAUAACCAUGAAUAAAGUAGUACUUUUGCAUUAAUUUUUUGAGCUUAUAUGCAAAUAUAAUAAACAUUAUUAAAUAUCAGGAAAGCUAACAUUUUGUACAAGAUAGCUUCAGACCAAAUUCAAAUUGAAUUUGAAUAAAUUAGAAGUACUGUGCAUACAUAACCUUCUUGUGCACCAUGAGUAUUUGGAAAGUUAAUCCUUGUUUUUGUCCUGUCUGUAAAGGAAAAUUGAAGCAAAACAAAAAACUGAGUCCUAGGGAAAUGCUGUUCCUUUAUGAUUUCUUUUUACACUCAUCAGACUUAAGGAGAAGGAGAUUAUAGCAGUCCUAGCUAUUGGUUUGAAGGAACGAAUAAGCUUUUUAGCUAUAGGUCCAGACACAAGUGCUGAAAAUAAACAUUAGGGCCAGUUUUCUUCUGUCUUCCAUAGUUAUUACAACUAUGUGAGCCUCCCGAGUCAUCUAUCAUUAAACUCUUCCUCAUUGGUUUUUUUUUGUGUGUUUUUUUUUGUUUUUGUCUUAAUGUUGACACACAAGCAUAUACAGAGUGGAUGACUGUAUUAGCUCCGAAGAGGACCAGCAUUAAGGCAGGUGACUCUUCCGUUUGCGAGGAGCGCUCUCUUAGUGGGAACAUGCCUUCUGUGGGCAGAAAUCAGGAAUCCACCAGCUGUUAAUGGGGAGUGCCUUGUGUUUGUUUCAGACAGCAGAGUUUCCCAAGUUCCUCUGCACCUCUAACAGCAUCGCUCUUUUGUGUGUGUUGACCUGUGGUUUGAAAGAAAUGCUCUUGUACAUUAACAAUGUAAAUUUAAAUGACUAAAUUAAAUUACAUUUUACCAAUGGCAA